CAACAGACACCGCCACCAUCUCCCCCAAACACACUCGCUAACUCACUGCAUUCGGUAAUUGGGGGCUGGGGGCUGGCUUUGAUUACAGCAACAGCUACUGCUACAGCUACAGUAGUAAAGAAAGACAGAAGACGACGACUCUGCUUCUGCUGCUGCUGCUGCUGCUGCUGCUGCUGAGUUGGGUUGGGUGGGUGCCUCCCACCACCACUCAUUUAUCAGAUUUCUCCUCUCUCUCUCUCUCUCUCUCUCUGCUCAAUCAGUCAGAAAUUUGGAAAUCGAAGGCCCCCACUCUUCUCCUCUCCUCUCUGUGGUAAUUCAAUUAAAAUCCUCUCUCCAUUUGUUUGUUGCGUUGCUUUAAUCAAACAACAAGACCCAAAACCCCUUUCGUUUCCUUUUCUACCCUCUCUCUCUCUCUCUCUCUCUCUCUCUCUCUCACUUCUCUGCUUUUUCCCCAUUCUUUCAAUCCACCCCUGGAACAACCUCACCGUCAACCUUCCUUCAAGCCACAGGCUUUUAAGGAUCUGAAGCUCUGAUUAGGAGUUUUUUGCUUCUUUCAUUCAAUACAAGGAAGGAUAGAUAUAUAUAUCCUAGUACUUUGACAAAGAAGAAAAAUGCAGAGGCCGCUGCCGGAAGAUUUUUCGUUGAAAGAGACAAAACCCCACCUUGGUGGCGGGAAGGUUAGUGGAGAUAAGCUCACAAGCACCUAUGACCUCGUCGAACAAAUGCAGUACCUCUAUGUUAGGGUCGUGCGGGCAAAAGAUCUACCCUCAAAGGAUGUUACGGGUAGUUGCGACCCAUAUGUCGAGGUGAGGCUUGGUAACUACAAAGGCAUUACCCGCCAUUUCGAGAAAAAGUCCAACCCCGAGUGGAAUCAAGUGUUUGCCUUCUCCAAGGAUCGAAUUCAGGCCAGUAUUCUUGAGGUUACCGUUAAAGAUAAGGAUUUUGUCAAGGAUGAUUUCAUAGGCCGGAUUCUGUUCGACUUGAACGAGGUCCCAAAAAGGGUGCCCCCCGACAGUCCAUUGGCUCCGCAGUGGUACCGGUUAGAGGACAGAAAGAAUGAGAAGGCCAGAGGAGAGCUAAUGCUGGCUGUUUGGUGGGGAACUCAAGCUGACGAGGCAUUUCCCGAGGCUUGGCAUUCGGAUGCUGCUGCUGUUGGUGGCGCCGAUGGCCUUGCAAGUAUCCGGUCGAAGGUCUACUUAUCGCCUAAGCUUUGGUAUCUGAGAGUGAACGUGAUCGAGGCUCAGGACUUGAUUCCUAGUGAUAGAGGUCGGUUCCCGGAGGUUUUUGUGAAGGCCAUCCUCGGAAACCAAGCGUUAAGGACAAGAGUUUCGAUGAGCAAAUCUAUCAAUCCUAUGUGGAAUGAGGAUUUAAUGUUUGUGGCUGCCGAGCCAUUUGAAGAGCCAUUGAUAUUGAGCGUGGAGGACAGAGUCGCUCCCAAUAAGGAUGAAGUUCUUGGACGAUGCACGAUUCCUUUGCAGUACGUCGACCGGAGAUUAGAUCACAAACCCGUGAACACAAGAUGGUAUAAUCUCGAGAAACACGUCAUGAUCGAAGGGGAGAAGAAGAAGGAAGUGAAGUUUGCGAGCAAGAUUCAUAUGAGGAUUUGUUUGGAAGGCGGGUAUCAUGUUCUUGACGAAUCGACGCACUACAGCAGCGACCUUAGGCCAACUGCAAAACAGCUGUGGAAGUCAAGCAUCGGUGUUCUUGAGCUCGGGAUUCUGAGCGCUCACGGGCUUGCCCCAAUGAAGCCCAGAGAGGGUGGACGGGCUUCGACGGAUGCUUAUUGUGUUGCCAAAUAUGGACAGAAGUGGGUCAGGACGAGGACAAUCGUCGACAGCUUUACUCCAAAAUGGAACGAGCAGUAUACGUGGGAAGUUUUUGAUCCGUGCACAGUUGUCACUAUCGGCGUCUUCGAUAAUUGUCACUUGCAAGGCGGAGAUAAAGCGGGAAGGGAUUUAAGAAUCGGGAAAGUUCGAAUUCGUCUCUCCACUCUGGAGACGGACCGCGUCUACACUCACACAUAUCCUCUUCUCGUCUUGCAUCCUUCGGGUGUUAAAAAGAUGGGCGAAAUUCAUUUAGCCGUUCGAUUCACAUGCUCGUCGUUGAUGAACAUGAUGCAUAUGUACUCCCAGCCAUUGUUGCCCAAGAUGCACUACAUCCAUCCCCUGACGGUCCCCCAGCUCGACAGCUUGAGGUUUCAGGCCACUCAAAUUGUCUCCAUCCGGCUAAACAGAGCUGAGCCGCCUCUGAGAAAGGAAGUUGUAGAGUACAUGCUCGACGUCGGGUCCCACAUGUGGAGUAUGCGAAGAAGCAAGGCGAACUUUUUCCGUAUCAUGGGAGUCUUGAGCGGGAUAAUCGCAGUUGGGAAAUGGUUCGAUCAGAUAUGCCAUUGGAAGAACCCGAUCACCACGGUUCUCAUCCACAUCUUGUUUGUCAUUCUGGUUAUGUAUCCUGAGCUUAUUCUGCCGACUAUUUUCCUCUACCUGUUCUUGAUCGGCGUAUGGUACUAUAGAUGGAGGAUAAGACAUCCCCCGCACAUGGACACCCGCCUCUCCUGCGCGGACAGUGCUCCUGCAGAUGAGCUGGACGAGGAGUUCGACACCUUCCCGACUUCCCGCCCUGCAGAUAUUGUCAGGAUGAGAUACGAUCGCCUCAGAAGCAUUGCCGGGAGGAUUCAGAUCGUGGUGGGCGACAUGGCGACGCAGGGCGAGAGACUGCAGCUGCUGCUGAGCUGGCGAGACCCGAGGGCGACAGCCUUGUUUGUCAUAUUCUGUCUGGUCGCUGCCAUCGUUCUCUACGUCACACCAUUCCAAGUGGUGGCGCUCCUCGCCGGAUUCUACAUGCUGAGGCACCCCAGGUUCAGGCACAAGCUUCCUUCCGUGCCGCUGAAUUUCUUCCGAAGGUUACCGGCAAAGACAGACUGUAUGCUCUAAGGUACCUACCUACUGUGAUCCUAUGUUUCAUGAAAUUUGCUUAUUAUGUGAAUGGUUAUUAGUUAGAAUCUGUGUGUGUAUUUUGAAGGAAGACAGGCAGAGGCAAGUAAUAAUCUGUGCUCUUAUAUAUGAUAUGAUAUGAUAUGUAUGUAGAGAGGUUAUGUUCGCCAUAGCUGCUACUGUUGAACUCGUAUUUUGUAUACGAUAGAGAAUUGUGUUUACAGGAUGCUGUCUGCCCGAGACGGCAGCCGUCUGAAGAAAUCGUUGGGAGCUGAAGGCGUCUUGCUUCUGAAUCUCGGGUGCCUGAGCCAGAACAGGACUGUCAGGAGCACGACGAUCCAAAAUGGAGUCAAAUACAGAGCAACGUGUCCGGAAGUUGACACGCCCGGUGCCUAGGCCACGCUUGCGCUGAGGCUCAGACCGGCCAUCCCCUGUGCGCAACGCGCUUGGAAUAUACCAUACCAUACAAUAUGGAAGAAUCAUGCGGAACACGUAUUUGCAUCAAGACCUAAGCUAUCAAUCAGCCAUAUAGGACAGGGGUUCGCACACAUGGGACGGACUAUGGCCGAUAACCUGGGGCUGGAAUGUCAACCUGUGACAAAUGGCUCCAAACAGGCACAGCACGGCGAAAAUGCUUGUGGCCCUCCGGCGGGAUCCUCGUCGGGACUUUGUGCAUAUUGAACGCCACUUCGCUGAGGUAAUUGUCCCGCCCCGCGAUUCCCUUGUCUUGGACGAACACUCGUGGAUCUUUUCCUUGGAAACGGCGAACACUUGGUGGCUCCAUUCGGGGUUCAUCUUCUUCUCGAAGUGGCGCGACUUGCAUUGAUAGUUCCCGAGCUUCGCCUCCACGUAGGGAUCGCAGGGUAUUUGUCGGAAAUGCAUCUGUUGGACGAGGUCGUACGUGCUCGCGGAGCUGUGGCUUUUUGUCUUGGAUCUUGUUGUCUCUUGAUUCAUCGUACAACAACUUGUUAGUUCUAUGCAAAUGAAAAUUCAAUCAAUCAAUGGAAAUGGAAAUGGCUCUGUUAUCAUGUAUGUGAACAUGCUCCAUUAUGAUUUGUAUUAUGUAAUUUUGUAAAAAUAAAUUCUAAGAA